AUGGUGCCUACGGCCAAGAUUUUGGUGGUCUCGAGGUAUGGUGUAGGAACAACCUUCAACGAGGAAUACUACACCACGCCAUUGGACAAGAAUGCAAUCCCUGCCGAGAAAAGAGAAGAGGCGGACCAGAUCGCCCGACAGAUUGAAGCAGGGAAUAUGCACUCGGAGGUCGAAAAUCGCAUCGACAAUGAUGGCGAUGACGACGAAGAGGCACGCUUUAGCGCUGCACAGCCACUGGCGACCACAGGUGGUAACAGGGCCUGA